AUGACGGGCGAGCGACAAGCAGCAGAUGCUAUUCGAUUUUAUGAUUCGAAAUCAUGGGAUUACGACGCGACAUGGCAUAACGACUUUACCAAACGGUUCAUAUCCUAUCUGGACAUACAACCUGGGCAGCAUGUACUGGACCUCGCAUGCGGAACUGGACUCCUUACUUUUCGCGAAGCAGAGGCUGUGGGGCCACAAGGUCACGUUGUAGGAGUCGAUGUCACGCCUAGUAUGCUUGCGGUCGCUACGCAUCGAAAGACGCAAGGGGGGGAUAAAUAUGCAAAUACUACCUUUCUCAAGGGCGACGUGUUACACUUGGAUGAGACGGAAGAAUUAAAGGGGAAACAAUUCGACGUCAUCACAGUAGCUUCUGCGCUUGUCUUGUUUCCUGACCCCAAGGCUGCUAUGGAGCACUGGACGGAGUUUCUGAAGCCUGGGGGUGUCAUGGCAGUGGAUGCGACGCAUCCGAGGAAUUUAGUGUCAGGCAUGGUUCUCGAGAGGGUGGCGCGCAGACUGCAGUUGCCGAUCCCAUAUAACCGCUCGUGGAGCAAAUCAGAGGACACUCUGAGGAAGACAAUGGAGUCAGCUGGUCUAGAGGUGGAGCAGGUAUUUACAGUCGAGAACCAAGCCGGGUACGGCCGACGCUCGUAUGAAAUGGAGCAAUGGGACGACUUUUUUGUCGAAAAUGUAAUUGUCAAGGACGUUGCCAGGACGUUUGCGAAUAACGACAUCAGGAGAAAAGCACAAGGGCUUUACAAAGAAGAGUGGGAGAAGCUGGCGAUAGACGGCAAGGUCGAAGAGGUGGACUCGGUGUUUCUGGGUAUAGCGCGGAGACCUGCCGACGGAUCUCGAUAUGUCGCACAAACAAUUAAAGACGACGUCGUCUUCUCAGGUGGGUGCCGGUGCGGUGGUGUACAAUACACAUCGAGCGCGGCGCCUUCGGGCAUCAUCAUAUGCCACUGCCGAGCGUGCCAGCAGCUGUCAGGCUCUGGAUUUCUCGCGUUUACACGAGUAUCGUUGAAAGAGGUUAGGUUCAAUCAGGCGAGCACACGCACGAGUCUACAACUUUCUAGCGUUGCCGAACGAACCUUUUGCUCGGGGUGUGGGGCACCGAUAUCCAUGACAUAUUCUUCAGACCCUGAAUGGCUCUAUCUGUGCAUGGCCACGGUCGAUCUGGAAAGCCUAAAGACGGAGACGACGCCAAAGGUGAUCAAGCACAUCUUCCUGCGGGAGAAGGCGCCUUGGGUGGUGCUGCCAGAAGACGGGACCGAGCGUUGGGGCACGUCAGAGGUAGCACACUAUCUGAACCAGAAGUCGUAG